AUGGACGAGGCAGAUACGGUUACCAUAUGCGUAAUUUCGGUCGAUCGAUAUCUGGCCGUCACAAGACCGUUACGGUACAAAUCACUGGUGACAAAAGCCAAAGUGAUAUUUGUUAUGAUAAUUAUAUGGAUGUUUUCUUCAUCAAUACUGCUAACUACCGUUCGUUGGGAACAACCGCCAUGCUACGACGAUUCCAUUUGCUUUGCCGGAAAUGAAAUCCGUUAUCUGGCACACAGUGUGGUGUUCGCGUUUUUUCUACCGGCCUCUGUCACUCUUACCCUUUACUGGCGUAUUUACAAAUUAGCCCGGAAUCGACAACGAGCUCUCGACCGGGGAUUUCUUAUGAUACUCGGACACAACAUGAACUUUCUCUCAAACACAAUCAGCCAACAGGUACACAAUCGAUUUUGCUUUUUCGAUUGUUUUUUUUUUCAAUCGAUAUCAAUAUUGCAGUCAUCCAACACUCUACGAGUUCACUUCGGAAAGAACAGUGGUAUGGUGGAGCAUCAACGACGAGUUCUUCGAACGCAUGAGCGUAUAGCCAAAACUUUGGGCGUUGUGUCGUGCUCCUUUCUCUUCUGCUGGUUGCCUUUCUUCAGUCUUUAUUUGACAAAUUACAAGUGUCAAGGAUGCAUCCCGUCGAUCGCCAUCGACCUCGCCAGUUGGUUAGGAUACUGCAACUCCAUGCUGAAUCCGAUUAUCUAUUCGUUCACCGUCAAGGAGUUCAAGAGAUCUGCGCUACGACUCAUAGCGCCCACUUGGCAGUUCGCUCACGGGUGUCUCCCAAAGAUUUUCCCGGCACCACCGGACAGAAUUAUGCAACGGAUGUCGCGUACCGGUCAUCGUGCCCGCAAUAAGACGCGGCAUCGCUCAUUCGAGUUGAACGACAAGAAAAAUCCUUUGCUCAACUCCAGAUGCGCUCAGAAACGACGACAAACUGAGCCAGCAGUGUUCGGACUUCAGAAAAAAGUGAUUGAGGUAGUUUUUGCUCGAAAUUUCCCUCCUUACAUAUUGUUUUUUUCAGGUCUGCGACGCGACGACUGCACCAAUCAUAGUCGAAGAAAACGAGGACACACAAAACGACUUCUCUGA